AUGGUGUUAUUCAAGAGGAAACCUGUUCGCUACCUACCGCACCCCCACAUCGACGACCAGGAAUCGGAUGUAUGGGUCAUUGCCGAGGCCAACGAAGUAUUUACCUCCUAUGAUGCAUAUCUCGAGCGCAUGGACUUUUUCAAGUCCAAGAAGUUCACCUGCGAAGUAUCAGGACGCUCCGGUCUGACAUUCUUCGACGCGCUGAGGAGCGAGCUGGCCGGGUCGCGGGAGAUUGACGAGGCGUUUCCACAAGCACUGCGAGAACCUGUCCUGCGCCGAGUGCAAUUCUCUACCACGUCUCGCAUUGACAAUUUGGUCGAGGAGGUCUACAAUGAUUUCAAGAAUGACUUCUAUCCUGGCGAACUGGUCACCGUGAUAUUGGACGACGCAUCCCGGUUGAAUGGGCGAGUGCGGGACAAGGCCAAGUUUGCAGAAGUGAGGGCGGCAGACGGUUCCGUGGCCAGAGAGGCGUUCUCCCGUUACUUUGUCCGGCUCAUUGAUCGCCCAGACGAGGAGGCCCUGGUCGACGAUAACCAUAUCGUUCGAGACCGCAAGGUCUUUACGAAACAGAUGCUCCGCUCCUUCAUCAAGAAUACCGUGACCAGAGAAGGCUGGAAUGGUGCCCCAUGGAUCGUCAAGCCCGAAAUUGCGGAGCGCUUUCGCAUUGACACCAACGUCCCUCCUCACCUUCAGUAUGGCCAUAAGAUUGCCGCAAAGAAGGCGGAAAAGAAGCAGAACACCGAGCAAGGAGAGGGUAUGUUUGGAAUCUGGCAACCUCAUAAGCUACCCGAGCUGAAGCCUGCCCCUAAAGGACGCAAGAACCAACAGACAUCUCAACACCAAAUCCAGCAGAUCGAAGUGCUGAUUCCCCCACCCUAUCACGAGAACUAUCCACCCCAGCCUAUGCACGACCCAGGCCUGUUACCACGAUCUUGGGAUCAUAUGCACCCACCCCCACCUCCUCCGACUUUCGACCCUUAUUAUCAUGGAUAUCCUCAAUAUAUGCCGCCAAACGGCCACUAUUACCCUCCGCCACCACCAGCGCAGCAAUUGCCCCCGAAACAGAUCAUUCAACCUCCUCCGCCACCCCCGCCAAUCAAGUACCCGAUUGAUGAUCUUGACGUUGAGCCCGUUCGCGACGGUACGCAUCGGCCGACGCUGAAGUUCGUCACCAAGGAACAAUGUACUGAUCGGAAGUCAACGACUCACGUGAUUCCUGGCCUGAAGUCUGAAAAUGUCGGCCUCCUGCUCGAGACCUGGAAUACUCUCAAUGUGUAUUGCCAAGUUCUCAAACUAGACUCGUUCACCUUCGAUGACUUUGUGGAAGCCAUGAUGUUCACGUCACAUGAAGUUGACUGCGAGCUGUUUGUCGAGACGCAUUGUGCGGUCCUCAAGCAGCUGGUUUUUUCCGAGAGUGACGAUGGCGGAGCUAUUCAAAUUUCACUACCAGACCUUCCCGACCCAGAUGAGGAUGAAGAGGACGAAGAGGAAGAGGAAAGUAAGCCGCCAACACCAACUCCUGAGCCCGAAUACCCCGCGAAACGAACACGCAGUAGUCUCCAUAAAGUUCAAUUUGCAGAGCCAGAGCCCGAGCCCGAGCCCGAAGAGCCUGACGCUGUGGUUCCUCAUCGAGCAGCCGAAAUGUUCAAAGAGUAUGGCUGGAUUGAGAGACUUCGAAAGCGUGACCUCAGACACGGUGGCUGGGAAUUAGUCAUGGUCGGGCUGCUGCACCAGCUUUCCGGCAGACCUCGACUCACGGAUGUAUGUAACAGGAUUCUGUCUCAUCUUGCUCCUUUAGAUGCAGAACCGACGAUGGAAACGGCUAGAAUUCAGUACUCGAACAUGGACAUCAACUUGCGCGCCGAGGCUCUGCAAAUCAUAUGCCAACUGUUUCUCGAAACCAAGACUGUGAAGAAUUUCCUGGAGGAGAUGAGCAAUACCAUGACCCAUUACCGCAAAAUCAAGAUUGAGCAUCAACGAGCUCGGAAAGAUGCCCUGGCUAAGCUUAAGGAGCUUCAAAUCGAACGAAAACUAUUGGCGCCGGAACCCGAGAAAUCUGUCACUCCGAUGCCGGAGCUUGAAGAGGCUAUCGAGGCGGAAAAAGGGGAAGAUGGUGAUAUCUCGAUUCCUGAUACAGAAGACGAAGAACCCGUCAUGAGGCGAUCUUUGCGACGGGGCAGUGACCGAGCCGCGGAGCGUAAACGGAAACGUGAAGAAGAGCAAGAGCGCAAGGAGAAGGCGGCAGAGGCAAAACAGAACAAGGGAAGUAAAGAGUACCAGAAAGUUCUCAAGCAGAUCGAAAAGGAGCGCGAUCGCAUUGAGCAAGCCGAGGAGCAGAUCCUCAUCGUCGAUGGGGACUUGCGUGAGGCCGACUGUCCUCGGACACGGGUUCUCGGGAAAGAUCGCUUCUGCAACCGAUAUUGGUGGUUCGAGAGGAAUGCAAUGCCGCACGGAGGCCUACCUGACAGUUCGACGGCGGAUGCAGAAUAUGCCAAUGGUCGGAUCUGGGUGCAAGGACCUGACGAUAUGGAGCGCGAGGGCUUCAUUGAUAUUAGUGAGCCUGACAAGCAGGCUUACUAUCGACGAUUCCAAAUGACACCAGCCGAGCGGAAGAAAAUGGAAGAAGGUUCCACAAACCUGGACUCGGCAAAGGAAUGGGCUUUCUACGACACCGCGGAAGAACUUGAUAUGCUUAUUGGAUGGCUCGACUCCCGGGGAUUUCGAGAACUCAAGCUCAAAAAGGAACUCAAUUUGCAACGUGAUGCCAUCAUCCAACAUAUGGAGAAGCGAGCUGCGUAUCUCACACAACGAGAGAAGUCUGAAGAGCCGUCAACGAGGAUGUCCACGAGGAUAAAGACGCACCCCAGCGACAAGACACAUCGAUGUUUGAAAUGGAAGAACUCUACCGCCCUGGCGGAAUUGGGCCAUCGCCAUAUCGACCCCGUGCCCAAACCAAGAGGGAGGGGCAGAAAGAACACUGCUUAUGAGGAACCAGCAACGAGGUCAAGCGCAAAAACACCACCAGCUCCUUUGAACCGUCAGGGUAAGCCGGUAACAAGGCAGGGGAUACGGUACAACUUUUGA